AUCUAGACCCUUUGGCCAAUAUAUUCGGGGACCGGUUUGCUGUGGUGAACCACAUGGAUACGUCCUUAAUUAGGUUCUGUAACGAAAUCAUUCGAGAGAUCAAAUACAACAAGCAGAUCGCUAAUGAUGUAGACAACGAGGAGACAAACAAUAAGCUACACACCUUGAACCUAUACAUUAUUCUGAUGCAACUGGAUGAUAGCCUCCUCAACCUCUAUGUCAUCAAAUUUGCAGAAGAUGUCCGUCUAACACCCGAAAUUGUGAAUAGAGAGUUAGCAAUUCUGAGAGAACUCGCCCAACCAGAAAGCGAGGUGUGUGCACUGGAAAGCAUAAAGUUUUAUGAGAGUAACGUGGAGUACAUAUACAGCACAGGGUGCCGUGCCCCUCUCUCCCGGCAGAUCUAUGGAGAUAUCUGCUAUCUUGAAGUGAAACCGAUCGGCAAGGCACCACUCUACAUCACUGCCAGCAGCCAUGGCUAUUUUUUGAAUAAUGGCCCUAAGAAGAAGACUGGUGAAUUAGACUACAACAAAAAUGGUAACUACUACAGAGAUCUUGUCUCUCUUCUGGGUGACCAAAGUAAGGUAUUUGAACAACAAAUUGCCAAAUUGAAAUUUCAAGUGAAACCAAGGCCCAAAUCUUCAAAGGAGAAGAACCAACCAUCGAAGGACCAGAAAGCAAAGGACACCACCAACUUUGCUCCAGAAAGUGACCCACUGAAAAAAGAAUCGGAUUUGAGUAUGAAAUCUAGUGGCACCAAUACAAAACUCUCUCCAUCUACGAGAUUGGCAAUGUUGGACGAUGAUGACAGCGUGAAAAAAGGUAUCUCAACUAAGAAGACUUCGGGCAGGAAAACAAAGCUUAGUUUUGGAAAAAGCAAAAAGAAACCUGAUGAAUCGGACGAGAGUCUCAGUGAUACGACAAGUGAGAGUGAAGAGGAAGAGGAGACAUUGGAAAGGCGGGAAGUGAGCACGGACCUCCCAACAGAAUAUUGGCAAAUACAGAAGCUGGUGAAAUACCUGAAGGUCAGUAACCAGACAGCCACAGUCAUAUUUCUGUGCUGCAUGAGAGACUUUAAUCUCUCCCAAGAGACUUGUCAGCUUGCCAUUCGAGACCUGGGAGGACUAGAAAUACUCAUCAACCUUCUGGACACAGAUGAAAUCAAAUGCAAGAUUGGUUCACUGCAAAUACUGAAAGAGAUCUCCGAUAACCCUCAAGUACGGCGCUCCAUUGCUGACUUGGGAGGUCUCCAAACCAUGGUGAAUAUUCUUCAAGAACACAACAAGGACCUGAAGUGUUUGGCAGCUGAAACUAUUGCUAAUGUCGCCAAAUUCCAAAGGGCUCGGCGGACUGUCCGUAAGCAUGGAGGCAUCAAACAAUUGGUGAAAAUCCUCAACUACCCCGUUUCAAACUACACCUUACCCCAUGAAAAUGAGAAAGACAUUGAGAUCGCCAGAUGUGGUGCUCUGGCCCUCUGGAGCAUCAGUAAGAGCAAGAAGAACAAAAAAUGUAUGAGACAAGCUGGAGCAAUUCCUCUUCUUGGCAGACUCUUGAAAUCUCAUCAUGAGAACAUGUUGAUACCUGUGGUUGGAACAUUACAGGAGUGUGCCUCAGAGCCAAGUUACAGAGCAGCGAUCCAUUCAGAAGGAAUGAUCGAAGAUCUUGUGAAGAAUCUGAAGAGUCAGAAUGAGGAACUGAAGACCUACUGUGCCUUAGCAAUAUUUAAGUGUGCAGAGGAUAAAGAUAGCCGUGAAUUAGUUCGAGAAUACGGGGGCCUUCCCCCUUUGGUGGCCAUAUUGUCAUCAGGUAACAACAAGGAGUUGCUGGCUGCAGCCACUGGUGCAAUUUGGAAAUGUUCCAUUAGUCGGGAAAACUUGGUUCAGUUCCGUGACCUGAAGGCCAUAGAACAGCUUGUGGCCUUGUUGAGCAACCAACCAGAGAAGGUGUUGGUAAAUGUUGUCGGAGCCCUAGGGGAGCUUGCUAGGGACCCACCAAACCGUCAAACCAUUAGGAAGGCAGGUGGUAUAACCCAACUGGUCAACCUGCUCACUGGAACUAACCAAGCGUUGCUAAUUAAUGUUACAAGAGCAGUCGGACAGUGUGCUGAGGAGAUAGAAAGUAUGAGAAUCAUUGAACAGCUGGAUGGUGUCAGGUUGCUAUGGUCACUGCUAAAAAAUCAAAACCCUGAAGUCAUCUCAAGCGCUGCUUGGGCCAUUUGUCCUUGUAUAGAAAAUGCUAAGGUAAGAAUCCUUUAAUCUCGCUUAAUCCAA